GAGAGAGGGAGGCAGAGCGUGCCAGACAACACUGCUGCCGCUCUGGUUCUGCUGGCAACCUGAAGGGCUGUGGCACUGCUAACGCUAAACACAAGUUAUUACACAUUAUUCCUUUACUGCUUCUUUUCCUCUCUGUUGCUGACAAAUGCAGAUAGAUGCAGACGUUUUGUUCGUUUUGUUACCUCUUCCAAGAAGCUGAUUUGAUUUUUCACUUCCGAGUUUAAUUUACAUGAAAUCAUAAGCGAUUCUCCUUUAAGGUCUGACUGAGUUUUUGCUGACCCCUGCUUAGAAAAUCAUUUUCAGCAGGUUUCCCUGCUUGAAGGACUGUUGUGGUGGUGAGCUUAAGGGGCAUAACCCGAAGCUAGUAUCAGUAUGGUCAAUAAACAUUGCCAUGACUAAGUGCAUGCCCUGUGCUACAAAGUGAUAGCCAAACCAGGGUAUUCCUACAGCAGCAUUUAAAAAGAGAUGGAGGCUAAUAUCCAUUUUAAGAGGGAUUAGAGAAAGACAAUGAGUAUGCAGGGGUUUAAUACUUGUAAACAUACAUGUGAAAUUCAUGGAAGAUAUUUACUGAAUUUAUCAUGGUGAAUCACAUGAACAUGAAUAACAUAAAAUGAGGACACACCUUUUGUUUUGUAAAGGCAUACAUGUACAUGGUAGAGUACUAUGAAGCAUGCCAGCUUAUAUUAUCUGUCAAUAUUGGAUUCUUUUGAUUAGUUAGUAAAACCAGGCCGCUGAUGCGUUGUGUGUCUGCUGGAGAUCUGUGAGUCUCAAAUCCCACUGUGCUGGUAGUGCACUGUCAUGCCCCCAUUUUCUCAUCCAUUCAGUCUGUUAGAGCUGCAAUUAGUGCCCCAAGGGAGAACCCAGCGUCGGGUCGAGUCAGGCCUGAGCUGGUCGCUACACAGCCCAACCAUUUCACCAUAUUAAAACUCACCCAACUUUCAUUCAUUUCUGUCAUUUGUCAAGUUCUACUUUUUUGCUCUGUGUUUUGUUGUAAUGGAUGUGAAAUCUAAGCCUCUACUGAUAUUUCUCUCUCAUUCAACACAGGCCUGUCUUUUUGUCCAUGCUGUACGUAUAGUUUGCACGGUUGUUUCCAUUGAUCCACCCGCAUAAUAGUUUUGCUUUUGUGCAAUCAGUGCCUGCGUUGCAUAAGCGCGUUAUAAAAUGUAGGUUUUCCCCCAUUAUUUUUAGGCCCAGCCUCAACAAGAAUAAUUUUUGUGUAACAGUUGUUCUGGGGCUAGCAGACAGAGCAGGCCCUUCUUUAAUUUAUGCUGAAAUGUUCUGCACCCCUCUCCAUGGUUGGACACAUUGUGUUUGAAGUGCCGCUCGCUGCUCUCUCAAACCCAACCGUUUCCAAAAGAACCCCUGCUGGGUAGAGACUGGUAUCUCUGAAGGCAUCAUUGCCGGAAUGGGGGUGGGGAGAGUUCAUUCGGAACAGAAAUGCUUGCCCCACUUUUCCUCUCAGUGUCCUGAGUGGCACAACAGUCCUGGACGUGCUGUCCCUCUGCACCGCUCAUCAGAUGCACUGCCUCUAGUGAUGGUCGCUCGCUGCCUGUGUGUGCCAAUCAACAUACUAAUGAAGUUUAUUUUGAUUAUUGGCCUCUCCAGAGUGUUGGGGGAGGGUCUUCUACUUUUUAAAAGUCUUUAUUUAUUCAUGUCAGGAAGUGGAAAAAUGGGACGGGUCUUAAGUAGAGCAGCUGCCUUCAUGUGUUGAUCCUGUUGACUGUCUGAUUGUCACUAGGGGAAAGUGGGAGGGCGGGGGCCCUGAAAAGUGCCCGCAGUUAUAAAACCUAGAGCUCUUGUCAUAGAGACUGGGACUCCAUGUGGCCGUCGUUGUAGAUGUCUGUCGAAGGUUGGCUGCAUUUUAUAUCACACCCAGGUUUCUCGGCAGGGAGCAUGGAUGAGUUUCAUCCGUUCAUCGAGGCCCUUCUGCCGCAUGUGCGUGCCUUCGCCUACACCUGGUUCAACCUGCAGGCGCGCAAACGCAAGUACUUCAAGAAGCACGAGAAAAGGAUGACUAAGGACGAAGAGCGGGCGGUGAAGGACGAGCUGCUGGGAGAGAAGCCCGAGGUCAAGCAGAAGUGGGCGUCGCGUCUGCUGGCCAAACUGCGCAAGGACAUCCGGCCUGAGUGCCGCGAGGACUUUGUGCUGUCCAUCACGGGGAAGAAGCCCCCCUGCUGCGUCCUCUCCAACCCUGACCAGAAGGGCAAGAUGAGGAGGAUCGACUGCCUGCGUCAGGCCGACAAGGUGUGGAGGCUGGACCUGGUUAUGGUCAUCCUGUUCAAGGGCAUCCCGCUGGAGAGCACGGACGGAGAGCGCCUGGUCAAGGCUGGGCCAUGCAACAACCCCAUCCUCUGUGUCCAGCCACACCACAUCAGCGUCUCGGUCAAGGAGCUGGACCUCUACCUGGCCUACUUCGUACAGGAGAGAGAGUCAGAGCAGAGCAGUAGCCCACGCACAGGUAUUGGGUCAGAUCAGGAGGAUAGCCGAGCUGCCACCAUGGAUGCUCCUGAGUUUCAGGAAAGCUUUGUGACGUCAGGAGUUUUUAAUGUAACAGAGCUGGUGCAAGUGUCCAGAACUCCGGUGGUGACCGGGGCAGGCCCUAACUUCUCCCUGGGGGAGCUGCAGGGGCACCUGGCCUACGACCUCAACCCCUCAGGGGUGGGCAUGAGGAGAACCCUGCCCAGCACCUCCUCCAGCGGGAGUAAGAGGCACAAGUCGGGCUCCAUGGAGGAUGAUGUGGACACCAGUCCUGGAGGGGAGUACUACACCUCUCCCAACUCCCCGGCUAGCAGCUCCCGCAACUGGCAGGAAGACCUGGAAGGAGGGAUCUCUCGGAGUCCGCACCCUUCCUCGUCUUUGCACUUCCCCACCACCUCCAUCCUGCCCCAGUCCACCUCCUACUUCCCCCACACCGCCAUCCGCUACCCGCCACACCUCAGCUCCCAAGACCCGCUGAAGGACCUGGUCUCCCUGGCCUGUGACCCGUCCAACCAGCAGCCCAGCCCAGUGAGUCCAGCCCAUCUAACAACUCUAACUAGGGCCCCGAGUUUGUCCUGGUCAGGUCAUUUGCUGAAUGGCAGUGGUCAAGUGAAGUUGCCCAGUCACUACAUCUCCUCCCAGAUGCUGGCGCCCCCUCCGCCCCCCGGAAUGCCCCGUCUGACGCUGCCCUCCGACUCCAAGUCCAGCACCACCACCUCGGACGGGGGAGCCAACUCCCCAACGUCACCCAGUAAGUGGGCCGUUGCAUACUCAGCUCCAGGGACGCCCCCUGCCAACCGCCCCUUUGUAGGGAUUGGACCUCGAGACCCUGGCGGACUCUACCAGGCACAGUCCUGGUACCUGGGGAACUAAACAACACAAGGAUAAGCGAAAAGGGCAUGGACACGUGGAUUUGAGAUUCAACACUUUUUGUGGAAUUAAGAAAAAAGAAAAAAAAGAGAUGCAAGAGGGAAAAUGUAUAUAUAUGCAGUAUAUAUACAGUAUGUAUAUAUAUAAAUAUAUGUGUGCAUAUAUAUUUAUAUAUGUAUAUCAACAUAAAAUAUGCUUCAACACACCUUUUUGGAAUAAAAGACAGAGGGGGAGAGAGCGAGGCCAAGGAGAGAAAGAAGAUAGAAAGAGAAGAGGAUGUUUGGGCAGCCAGAAUUAACUGUGGGGCAGAGACAUGAACCCAGUACCCCCCCC